GCUUGAUAAUGUCAUAAUGAUAAUUGAGAUUUUGUACAUUUUUUAAAGCCGUAGUUCUCAAAUCUAAAUUUUCAAAAGAUGCAUUUGAUGGGGUUCAAUUAAUCGACCAUAUAUAGACAAAAAAUUAAUUAAGGAUAUAAAUAGUUGGUCUUUCAUUGUUCUAUGAACAAAUUCAAUGAGUUGAAAAAAAUAGUAGUACAACGAUCAAGAUAAAUUGUGUGUUAAAAAGAGAAGAUGAAAAUGAUUCCAAAAAAAAAAAAAAAAAAUCAAUUAGUUUGACGGAUUGGAUUAUUAUUUUAAGCUAAUUAACUAAUACAGAACUGUGCACUCCGUAUUUCAUCAACCUAAAAAACAACGUAGCACAACUCUUUCCCCUCAGACCUUCACUCUUAAAGUGUCUGACCUGUAGACAGUGGACCAAAAAACUGUGAGGAUUGAAGUAUGGACAGAGUUCUCAUUAUCUUAAAAAAAAAAAAAAAAAAAAAAAAAAACACAAGCUGCAGACUCCGUAUUUUUAUGGUUUUCCUGUACCGUAACUAUAAGCAAGGGGAAAAAAAAAUAUAUUAAGAAAAAGAGGCUAUUUAAAAAAAUAAAUAAAUAAUACCUAGUUGUGCACAUUUACUUUUUUUACUUGAAUCAUACUCCGUAUAGCUAGUGAUGUAGUGUUAGUAAACCAUUGAAAAGUGCUAUGAAAAAAGAGGUAAUAGUAAACACAUACUCCGUACAAAGUAAUAAACAAAAGAAAAUAAGAUUUAAAUUAAUUAACGCAAGUUUUAGAUUUUUUAGGUGUGAUUGUCUUAUACGAUUACUAAUUUAUUGUGAAGAUAUCUAAAUUUUAUUACUUUCCUUUCACAAUAAAUGCAAUAUUUUUACUUCUUAACAUAGUACAUUUAAUAUUAAUUUUAGACAAUAACAUAUAAAUUGAUAUAUAGUAUACAAAGACAAACGUUACAUCUAUUGUGAAACGGAGAUAGUAUUCCACUAAUUAUUCUAAAACUGACUUCUUAAUCCGUAUGAGACUUCUCAAUGACUAACAAAAAAAUAAAACUCUUAACCCUAAACAAAAAGAAGAACAAGAAAAACAAAAAAAAUUAUUUUCUAUUAUAUAAUAAAACUUCUAAAAUUGAACGCAAAUGCGAUUGAAAGAGAAGCCUUUUAUAAUGACCUUAUGAUGUUGUAGUGGGAGGAGGAGAUGACAAAGGAUGAGAUGAUGAAUUAGAUGUUUUGGACUUCUUUUCUUCUUCUUCCACUAGUCUUUUCAUGUCGCAUGAAAUUUUUGCAACACUUAAUUCACAUUUAGUAUAUUUUUGCUUUUCUUCUUCUCUCACCAGCCUUUUCAUGUCGCAUAAAAUAUUUGCAACACUCCAUUCAAGUUCGGUAUAAUUUUGUUUAUCAAUAGUCGAAUUCUUUUUAUUCUCUUCCAUCAAGGAGAAAAAAAAAACAUACAUCAACGAACUAAUCUACCAAACAACAAAAGAAAUUAAUACAAAAAAAUAAAUUAAUUAAGAGAUAUUUGGUCUUAUAUAUAUAGUAGUUGAAAAAUCAAGUUUGAGUCAUAUUAGAAUUAUACUCUAUAUUAAACUUAUUUGAUUACUAACUUUAAAAUCUUAUUUUAGAUUGGGAUUAGUAGUUGUAAACUUGCAAAUCUCCUAAUAUUAAAUCUUUUUCGAAUUGUUUUUAUCUUUAAUACAUAAAAUUCGAUUAGAGAAAAUUACAUCCCGUAAAGAUUUCGCUCGCUCAAAUAAAGAAAAAAAAUAAAUCAUCUCAAAUCAUUUGAUUUGUUUUUAGGAAAAAAAAAAAAAAGUUUUUACGUCAUUUGAUUUGUUGUCGGCUUCAAAUCUCAGAAAAUAAAAAUAAAAAGAACGAAAGUGACAGAUACAUCAUUAGCAAGCUUCGUUAAUUGUUUAGUAUAAUUUCGUGCUACAAUUUAUUUAAUUAUUUCCAAAUUUGGCAAAUGAAAUUUCCCAAUAAUUUUAGAAAUACUUAUAUAUUGUUAGUUAUUAUAAUUGUGUUCUUGGAUUUUACAAGUUCAGUGGAAUUUGAGUCUUUAAUUGAGCUCCCACAAUCUGGGUUUUCAAGAAACAGAACACCCAGAAAAGAAGGGUUUGUUCAUCAUGUUACUGCAUAUGGUGCUGUUGGUGAUGGCCUUCAUGAUGAUACUGAGGCUUUCAGAAAAGCAUGGAAAGUGGCAUGUUCUUCAUCUCAGCGAUCAACAGUAAUAAUUCCAGAGGGAUUUACUUAUUUGGUGCAGCCAAUAAAUUUUGCUGGGUGUCGAGCUGAGGUGACUCUAAGGAUACUUGGAGCAAUUAUUGCUCCUAAAGAUCCUGCAGUAUGGCUUGGUUUGAACCCUCGAAAAUGGCUUUAUUUUCAUGGUGUAAAGAAACUAACUCUAGAAGGUGGGGGGACAAUUAAUGGUAUGGGUGAGAUAUGGUGGGCUAGAUCCUGUAAGACUAAUAAGACAAUGCCUUGCCAUCAUGCUCCCACUUCUGUUAUUUUUCACAGGUGCAAGAAAUUAAAAAUUAAAAAUAUCAGUAUUAUUGACAGUCAACAAACACAUCUGUCCUUUACCAAUUGCCAUAGCGUUGUGGUUGCUAACGUCACACUAACAGCACCAGCUGAAAGCCCCAAUACUGAUGGAAUCCACAUUAGUGCCUCUUCUGACGUGCAAAUCAUUGAUAGUAAUAUUAGAACGGGUGAUGAUUGUAUUUCUUUUGUGAGCAAUUCCUCAAGAGUCGUAAUCACAGGUCUAUUUUGUGGCCCAGGCUAUGGCAUUAGUAUUGGAAGCUUGGGAAAACAGCAUGAAUGGGCAGAGGUGGAUGAUGUAUUGGUUGAUGGGGCGUACCUAUCUAACACUCAGAAUGGUGUAAGAAUCAAAACCUGGCAGGGAGGUGCUGGGUAUGUGACAAGGAUUACUUUCCGAAAUGUGUGGAUGGAAAAUGUCUCUAAUCCGAUUAUAAUUGAUCAAUACUAUUGUGAUUCUCCAAAGCCAUGUAAAAAGCAGACAUCAGCAGUACAUAUUGGUAAAAUAUCAUUUGUGGGCAUCAAGGGAACAUCAAGGUCAGAGGAAGCAAUAAGAUUUGCUUGCAGCGAUAGCAGUCCUUGCCAAGGGUUGUAUUUGAAGGACAUCCAGCUCAUAAGUUACACAGGAAUCACAACAGCAUUUUGUUGGCAAGCCCAAGGUUUGAGUUCUGGGUUUGUGUAUCCUUCCCCUUGCUUUCCAACCAGCAGAAGCAUGAUCAAGCAAAAACCAACUGUCAACGCCCUUCAGUAUUCAAGUUGAUCAUGAAAAAUCAUCUUCUUAUGUCAAAUUAUGAGAUCUUGAUGAUAUGACACGGGAUGGCUACUUCUGCAAUGUCAUGACUCAUGGGCUCUUUCCCCUAUAAGACAUUGCGGACUGCUUAUCAUCGCUGCUUUAAAAAUUUGGUGGAUUGAAUUGUUGUACUUACCUUGUGUAGAUAUACGUGCCUGAACAUAGUAGUAGUCUACUCCGAAUAUAUGUACUGUAUAAAUAGAACAUUGAGAUGCAAUUUUGAAGGCUCUCUAUGUCUCAUGGCUGCAAGUACUUGUCUCCUAAA